UCUGCGUCAACCUGCCAAAGCGGAAGUGAAAGCAUCAGAUAUAGCGGCCAGUGAAAUAAGGAUGUGCAGUGUUUUGUAAAUCAUCGUGUUAAGUCUUUGACACUAUCAAACAAUGAAUGUUUUUAUUUGCGUCGUGUUAGCUUUUGUAAGUGCUGCUAUUGGGAAAAAAAGCGGAGACGAUGAAUGGGUGCAUCUGCCCAAUAAAUGUGAAGUAUGCAAAUUUGUGAGCAUUGAGAUGAAGUCUGCAUUCGAAGAGACGGGCAAAACAAAAGAAGUCAUAGAGACCAACUACCGCUUUUUGGACGAUAAAGGCUCACCACCAAUCAAAUACGUCAAAUCUGAUAUUCGUUUCAUAGAGGUAAUGGAGAAUGUGUGCUCCAGAAUCAUGCAGUACAAUCUACACAAAGAAAGAGAUGGAAGCAAUCGCUUUGCAAAGGGUAUGUCUGAGACAUUCUCCACCCUACAUAACCUCGUCCAUAAAGGAGUGAAGGUGGUCAUGGACAUUCCUUAUGAACUGUGGAACGAAACCAGUGCAGAAGUGGCUGACCUCAAGAAACAGUGUGAUGUGAUGGUGGAGCAGUAUGAAGAAGUGAUUGAGGAUUGGUAUAAGGGAAACCAGGAGGAAGAUCUCACCACCUACCUGUGUGAGAAACACGUGCUGAAAGGACAGGACUUGGGUUGUCUUCAAGAGUCCUGGAGUGCGAAAAAGGGAGAUACAGCAGCCAUCGCAGAGGACAGAAAGAAAAAGAAGGGCAAGAAGAACAAGAAGAGCAAAGAUGGCGAGGGCAGUCAGAAUAAAGAGAAGAAGGUGAAGAAGAAGAAGAAAAAGUCCAAAAUUCCCGAGACUGAGAAAAGCAAGCGGAAAACCGAGGAAGCUGAAUACAGCUCAGACGAGGAGAUUCAGAAGAAAGUUCCUCUUGGGCAAGAUAAAACUGAACUGUGAUGUGUCUCUUUGCAGACUAUUUGUUCAUUUGUUUUGAUGACUUUUGUCCCCUUGACAUCUAAAUCUCUGAGCAGGUGUAAGUUGUAUUUUAGGUUAGUUGUACAAGAAAUAACCGAGAUUCGAAGCGACUGCGUUAUGUUACAUUUACUCUGUACAGGAAAGAUGCCAUUGACAGAUCCAACUAAUGGCAGCUAUAUGCAGGUGCGUUAUGUGCUUGUUGACCAAUCAAAUCAGACCUUUGAUUCAAACAUUUGCUUGGGUUUACACAGUAAAUCUUGGACACGUUUAAAAAAAAUACUGCCUUUUGAACUUAACUUCUGGUGUUUUUUUGCUCUUUCUUCCCCCCAAUUCUUGUUGUCUGAAAUGUAUAUAAAUUUGGCUUAGACUUUUUUGGGAGGUGUUAAAAUGACAAUACUCUAGCAGGCCUAAUAUCACUGACCUUUAAUUGUAUUUCAUUGGAAGAUACAGAUCACGGUUUGUUUCUUGCAUACUUGAAGUGUUAAAUCCAGACACUAUUUUGGUUUGGCUGUAACUUUGGAUAUUUUCAUUCAGAAAAUCACACAGAUCUGAGAUAUAUGAGCUUAUUUAAUAUUUUACCUGUUUCAUAAAAAACUAUUUUUAAAAGAAUACUUUGUGAUGCAACAAAUGCUAAAUGUGUUUUGCGAUUUAACCGAUCUUAGCUUGGCAUCUUGGACUUGGCAAGUUUAGACUUAUAUUAGCCUAUAAAUUUGUCAGUAAUGUUGUAAUACGGAUAAUAUUAUGAACCGAGAGACAGCGGUUUGGCAGUACGAAAGCAGUGACCUUUUUGUUUUUGUUUAACCAAAUAAGGCACAAAUUUUGUCUGAUCUCUUCAUAUUUGUUUUUGCUUUUGCACUGUUUACAUAUGUGAUGUGGGUUUCCGGGAAUGUUUGAGUGCAGUUUUUCCCUAAUAUUUUUCUGGACAGUAUUGUUUACUUUAAAUGUUUAUCUGAAUGUUGUUUUUUCCAAAAGCUGUGUGAGUGUUAUCGUACAAGAUUCCACAGGUGUCUGUGUGCCUGCCUGCACCCAUUAUUUUGAAUUGUGAACCGUGAAGCUUGUGGACGAAAGUUAUUGACCUGAGAUUGAACUCUAUAUGCAAAUGUAUGGGUGAAAAUAUGCUGGAUGUGUUUAAGGCCAUCAGCUCAUUACUGUGGCUGGAGCGUUUAAUGAAUAUUUUGAUGAAUGGUGAAUAACUGCAGACGAAUAAAAUAUAAUAAAAAAAUGAAUUUCUUAUUUUUUAUGAGGAAUUGAGUAGAUGUUUUAACAAUGGGUUUGCAGUCUUUGCCACAAGGUGGAGGUAAGAUCAAUGGGAGGAGAAGAAUGGAUCAUUGCUUGUUCAGAGAAUGAACUUUUCUUGUAAACACUUUUAAGAGCAUGGCGAUGCGUUGCUAUGCAGUUGCUAGGCAAACAAUUAUUUUCCUAAGAUCGCUCAAUACAAAGUUGUUUUUGCUGCCGGUUCAGUCAGGCUCUGACCAGGGUUUAGAUACUCUUUAAUCACCCAGUCAAAUUUGAAUGACAAAUGUAGGCACUGAAACACACCCACUCUCGGGAAAGCGCCAUUUCUUUUUCAAUUCCACUAACUGUGCAUUCACAUCAGACGCGGAAGAGGCGGCAAGCGAGUGAUUUACAUUUUAUGUCGAUGUAAAGACGCAAAUAGGCAUCCUGCAUGGUGCUACGUGCGAAUGGCGCAGUGCGUUCCACGCGAAUUGAGCGUUGACGCGGGAAAUGCGCGAGUUGAAAAUGUUGGCGGAUAUUUGCGCAGCGUUAACCAAUCAGGAGCCGGCUCUAGUAGUGACGUGAUUACAGGAAGCAAGCGGAGGCAGAAGAUCGAAGCCCCUCCCAUGACACGAAUUUCCGCAUGAAUGUCUAAUGCUGCGUGUACACCAACCACGUUUCAGGCAUCAAAAUCGCGUAAAGCGCAAAAUUCACAAAAAGCACCAUUCGCGCACGGCACUCAAUUCGCAAACUAGAUGCGUGAAUGAGGCGGAAACGCAUCUACCGCGCCACGCUACGCCUCAUCCACGCCGUGGAACCUCCAGACACGCGUCAACGCGUCUUCAUAUUGACUUAAUAUUUAAAUCACUCGCGCUUGCCGCCCCUACUGCGUCUGGUGUAAACGCAGCAUAAUGCUGCAUUUACACCAGCCGUGGUAGAGCCGGCAAAAACGUGAUUUUUGCGCGUAGUUGGAUGCUUGAACAUUUGAGUUCACUCGUUUCAUUCGCGUGUGAAAUUCUAAUCAUUCGAGAUAUUCACGUGGAAAUUCACGUUAUGUGGGAGGGGCUUCUGCGACUCUGCUGAGACUCCGGCACUUCGCUCGCUUCCUCUAAACACGUCACUAGUACAGCAAGGUCCUGAUUGGUUAACGCGGCUCAGAAAUCUGCAGAAGUUCAGAUUUUUCGAUUCGCGUACCACAUGUAACGCGCCGCAGGAUGCCUAAUCGCAUCUUUGGAUUGACUUAACAUGUAAAUCACCCGCGCUUGCCGCGCUACCGCGGCUAGUGUAAACACAGCAUUACAUUUCACGCAUGGCUUUUACGCUUGAAUGAAGUGAGUAACCUCAAAGUUCAAGCGUCCAACUACCUGCGAAUAGCGGAUUUUACCGCCUCUGGUGUGAACGCAAAGUAAAAGUAAAGUUGUUUUUCAGUAGUACAUUAGUGCACUUGAGAAAAGUAUAGUAAAUAUCAGUAGUUUAGAUUUUUUGUGAAUUUAAAUAAGUUUUGUAUCAUUUACGUACAAACAUGGGCGUCCGUGGGACAAGACCCAUCCACUUUUUAAGACCAAUGAUAUUGGACCCACUCACAUUUUUCUUUUUUUCUUUAUUAAUUUCUUUUGAACAUGCUGAGACUUUUAAUUUGUUUAUUUUCAGUUAUAGUAUGUUUUGUUACUAAUGAUCAUGUUCUGAAGAAGAAAAAAGAAAGAAUAAAUUCAUUAAUUCAUUCA